AUGAUAACAUCUACAUCGAAUCGUGAUAAUAUAUUAAGGAAUGUUGAACAAAAGGAUGAUAGUGAUUUUGAUGAUACUGUCUUAAGCGAUUUAAUAAUAAAGAAGAAGUCAGACGAAUAUAGACCGAGGCGGACGAGGAAAAAAAAAUUGAGCACAAUAAAAACAAAAGUUUCCUAUUCAGUCAAAAAGCAAGCGGAUCUCUCAGUCCGUCAUCCUCGAUCAUCAGUCAAAACUAGUACGGGAUGGAACAAUUUGCCGUUCAAAUUGGAUAAAGAUCAGUUGGAUUGCCCGAUAUGUGAUGAGAAUUUUUUAAAUUUUGUCAGUUUGAACACCCAUAUGAACGUACACUAUCCAAAUUAUAUUUGCGAUAGUUGUGGAAAGGCUUUUGCGUCUAAAGGCAGGUUACGAGGACAUAUGAAGACGCAUGAAACAGCUGUUUUCCCUUGUCGAUACUGCGAUGCGGUUUUCGACAGAUUAACUAAAAGAGAACACCAUGUGACGAAAGAACAUAAAUCUGGUAUUCGAUAUGCGUGUAAGAGAUGCAACAUAUCGCUCUCCUCUUUCUACGCACGUCAAAAACAUUUGGCUGAAGUUCACAAUGAAGAACUGAAACGAUACAAAUGCAAAGCCUGUACCCAGAGUUAUAUAACUCCCGGUCAUCUGUCAAGUCAUGUCAGACGAGACCAUCUGAACGAGAGGAACCAUAAGUGCAAUAAAUGUGAUUUAGCGUUCUAUACACGGAAUUCGUUGAAAAUGCACAUGAUAAAACAUGAUGGGGAACACAUUCAUUCAUGUAACAUAUGUCAUAAGUCGUACCAGAGGAAAAAAACGCUCAGAGAACAUAUGCGUAUACAUAAUAAUGAUAAGAGGUUUAUCUGUUCGGUUUGUGGUCGCGCGUUUACACAAAAAUGUAAUUUAAAAGGUCAUUUGAAAUUACACGAACGGAAAAUU